UAAACCUGCCAAUUGGCGUGAGACUCAGACAAGGGCUGUGCGGACUCGCUUUAAAUCACUAUUGGAGGCCAGGAGCCAUUAAUUGAGAAGAAGAAGCAGAGAAGCUUUAAUUCGCUUAUCACGAAUAUUUCAUGAUCUACGCUACAGAUAGAUCGCUACAGAUAUAAUCUGAUUAUUUCGAGGAGUUGUAUGUCGGCACGGUUCGAAUUUUUUCUAUACUGCCGAGGUCCAGUUUCAGAAUAAUACAGAGGGAUUCAUUCAUGAAUAGCAUAGGCGAGGCAUGCAACGAUCUGAAACGACAAUACGACGUUUGUUUUCACACGUGGUUCUCCGAGAAAUUCUUGAAAGGUGAUACGCACAGUGACAGCACAUGCUCGCAUUUAUUCAAAAUGUAUCAGCAAUGUGUCAAGAAAGCCAUGAAGGAGCACCAUAUUGAAUUAAAAGAAAUGGAGACAAAUUAUUUGGAAACUGAAAAAGAAAAAAAGCCAUACAGUUGACGAAAAGACGUUUGCACAUUUAUAUUUUAGUCCUACAUAGCUUUCUUAUGGAUCAGCGAUGUAAACAGUGCAACCUUGUCAUUCCUGUUUUUUAUUAUGAAAUAAUUAUUAACAAAGGUUAAUUGAUCUUAUCUUAAUCAAUUGUUCAUUAACUAGUCUCUGUAUUGCUGUCAAAUAUUCACACUUGUAACAUUAAUAUAGAAAUGUUGUAUUA